UCUGUCCGAGCUUGGUUCAAAAAUUUUCAGUUCAGUGUACCGGUCAACUUCGCUGGCUGAUAAAGCAGGAUGUGAAGACAACAUACGAUGGGAGUUUCCUAGACCGUAGUAUUCUAAGCUAUACCGAUGCGUCAGUUAAAUCUACUUGACAUUUUUGCAGAGUGAACAUGAGGGCCCCAAUAAAGACAUCUCGGAAGAAGGUGGUAAAUUUAGAAGACGUAAUCAGGACGAAGCCCUUUCCACAUAUCCCCACGGUAUCAUCCUUAUAUACGUAGUCGUGCCAUAUAUUCCAGAUGACCCAUCUCCUCCUGAAGAGCCUGAUGUACUUCCUACAGUGCCCGAAGUUCCUGAGGAGCCUGAAGAGGACGAGGACGACGAGGAGGAGCACGAGGACGAGCACGAGGACGAGGAAGACCCUACCUGCUGUGAAACAUUUCGCAUGAGAAGGGUACUUAUUGCGGCGGUACGUCGGCUCCUAGGUCGAAUAACGUCUUAAGCCUGCUUCUGCGGCUACAACUCAACAUCGAAAUUCAUCUAAUGUUUGUCUACUUAGAACGGUCCCGCCUAUUUACCUUUUGAGGUGGUCAAGCUAGCAGGCUGAAAUUUGACAGGUUGAAAUUGACGCAC